AUGUUUUACAUUGAAUAUUGUUCUCAAACUAUGAAUAAGUGUUUUACUAUUGAUUAUCUUAUUGGAAAUCAUAAUGAUGGUUGCCAUAAAACUGAUAAGCUUGAUGACGAUGAUAAGCUCAUUGAUAGGGAUAAUAAUCAUACAAUUUCUAUUGUUAAUGAACGAAAUAUAUUUAAUAUUAAUGAAUUAAAUAAAUAUCAUAUCGGUUUGCGUAACGUUAAUAUAAAAUUAGAAGGUUCAUCAUUAUGGAACAAAUUUCAUUCCUAUAAUACCGAAAUGAUUGUCACAAAAAAUGGAAGGCGAAUGUUUCCAACUUUACAAAUAUCAUUAACCGGGCUUAUCAGUAACCUCGAUUAUUCAAUAAUGGUUGACUUGAACUGUAUUGAUAAUAAAAGAUAUCGCUAUUCAUUUCAUCAGUCUAAAUGGAUUGUCGCCGGACCUGGUGAAGCAGAAUUGCCAUGUCGGGUUCACGUACAUUCAGAAUCGCCAGCAUCAGGCGGCCAUUGGAUGAAACAAGUCAUUUCUUUCGACAAAAUCAAGUUAACCAAUAAUCAGUUGGAUCAAAAUGGACAUAUAAUUGUAAAUUCAAUGCAUCGUUAUCAACCAAAUAUCCAUAUUGUUGUGCAUUCUGAUGAAGCUGGAAUGAAAUGCCGCACAUUCACAUUUUCAAAUACAUCAUUUAUGGCUGUCACUGCCUAUCAAAAUCAUCGAAUAACUGAACUAAAAAUCGAAAGUAAUCCAUUUGCGAAAGGUUUUCGAGAAUGCGAAAUCAACGAUUCAAUUUCCUUCGUUAUGAAUCCUUUUCUUCCUCUUUACAAUUCAUUUUUUCAUUCACAAUUUCAAGGAAAUAAGCAAAUUGGCAAUUAG